CGGUUUAAUACGUUCUGUGAUUCGUACCGUGUACGUAUUGUAAGUCAGUACCGUACAUUCACCAUUCAUACCAUAGCAUCUAUAAAGCAUGUCGUACUGUGUACGUAUUGUAAGUCAGUACCSUACAUUUACCAUUCAUACCAUAACACCUAUAAAGCAUGUCGUACCGCAUACGUAUUGUAAGUCAGUACCGUACAUUUACCAUUCAUACCAUAACAUCUAUAACGUAUGUCGUACCGUGUACGUAUUGUAAGUCCUUACCGUACAUUUGCCAUUCAUAUCAUAAAAUCUAUAAAGCAUGUCGUACCGUGUGCGUACUUCAAGUCAGUACAGUACGUUUCCUUCACACACGAACACCACUCUAUACGAAAUUUCAUAGCGAAAAUGGUGCAAUGUUGUAUAUUUCACUAGGAGAGAAUAGAGGAGGUCCCGCAGACAUCGACACAUCGAAGACCCCAACCAAAAUUUAUACUACAGUCGGCUCCCAAGGAACCUUACUUUGCCAUUACAGCGGGUACCCAACGCCUAAUGCAAUCUGGAUGAGAGAUGGUGACGCACUGAAGGACUGCAAGCGCUGCGUGACAAAGACAGAUAAUGCAACACCAGGGAUAGCGAAGCUGCAUGUCACGCCAUUUCGUAGCGAUGACUUUGGAAAAUAUGUUUGUAAGGUCAGAAAUGAGAAUGGAUUUGCAGAAGCUGUUAUUGAGUUAGUUCAAGAACCAUCAGACAAGACCCAGUGCCAGAAGGACUUGAUCGCCGGAAAAGAUCCUCGUCUAAACUUAGAGUUCAGACCCAAGUGCGAUACCGAUGGUUCAUAUCACAGGAUACAGUGUUCCAUUCAUCUUCAGAGCUGCUGGUGCGUGGAUCGUCAUACUGGUCAUAAAAUAGCAGAGGUUUAUAAAGGACCAGACGGAUAUCACUGCACAGCACCCUAUAAUAUUUCCACUGGAUCCACCGUCACUAUGUCCAUUGGAAUUAUUCUCCUUCUCAUAGUCACUGAUAUUGCAGCUUUUGCCUUCUGUAAGCGGGGGAUUACACACUUCAUAGUUCGAUAUAGGAACAAAAGAAAAAUACACAACAUAUUGAAGACAAAAGGAGAGGAUGAAAGCUUGUUGGAAAGAGGACAAGAUUACGACAGUGACUAAUAAAAUCUGAUGAGGACGAAAUGAAAUUUUGUGCUAGUCAAGAAAAUUGUAACUCAA